AUGCGCGCCGCAUUCCUCCGCUCAUUCCAGCACCUCGCACCGCAGAAGCCGCAGCCGAAAGAAUCCAAGCCGAUCCAGAACCAGCCUCCGAGCCAGGCCUCGUCCAAAACCGCGCAGAGUCUGGCCGCCGACAAUACCGAUGUCUCGAAUUCAGAGCAGAGGAGGCGGGAUUGGUCCAUUAUUCGUCGGCUUGCAGUCAAUCUCUGGCCCAAGAACGACUGGGGAACGCGGGGGCGCGUCCUCCUUGGUGUGGGUUUUCUCGUGAGCGGAAAGAUUCUCAACGUCCAAGUACCGUUCUUUUUCAAACAAAUUAUCGAUACUCUCAACAUCCCUGUCACCUCUGAUUCCACUGUCUGGGUCGUGUGCGGCUCUAUCAUCCUCGGUUAUGGCGCUGCACGUAUCAGCGCAACGCUCCUUGGAGAACUUCUGAAUGCUGUCUUCGCUAACGUCGGUCAGCGUGCUAUUCGUAAAGUGGCUCGCGAUACGUUCGAGCAUCUCCUCAACCUCGAUCUCAAGUUUCACCUCUCGAGGCAAACGGGCGGUCUGACUCGCGCAAUCGAUCGGGGUACGAAAGGCAUUACGUUCAUUCUACAGGCGAUCCUGUUCCGUGUCGUCCCAACCGCUCUCGAAAUAUCUCUAGUGUGUGGUAUUCUGACCUAUAAGUUUGGAUGGGACUACGCGGCCAUCACCCUAGCUACAAUGGCAGCGUAUACCUGGUUCACUGUGCGCACGACCGCGUGGAGGACUCGCUUCCGGAGAGAUGCGAACGCAGCCGACAACAAGGCCGCGACAAUUGCCGUUGACUCGCUGAUCAACUACGAAGCCGUCAAGCAUUUCAACAACGAGAAGUACGAGAUCAUGCAGUACGACAAGCACCUCGCAUCUUAUGAGAAAGCGUCUGUCAAAAUUGCCACGUCACUCGCAUAUCUCAAUUCUGGGCAGAAUGUCAUCUUCUCGACUGCUCUGACUGGCAUGAUGUUCCUGGCCGCACAAGGAGUAGUCAAUGGUACAAUGACCGUCGGCGACCUCGUCAUGGCCAACCAGCUUGUGUUUCAAUUAUCCCUGCCUCUAAACUUCCUCGGAACUAUCUAUCGCGAAAUCAGACAAAGCCUCCUCGACAUGGAAGUUCUCUUCAACAUCCAAGCACAGAACACCCCGCCGAAGGAUGCUCCUGAUGCAAAACCUCUGGACCUCACCGGGGGUUCGAUCACUUUUGAAAAUGUUGCAUUCGCCUAUAACCCUGCUCGCCCAAUUUUCCGCUCUUUGUCCUUCACCAUCCCUGCUGGUAAGAAAGUCGCCAUCGUCGGCCCCUCUGGGUGUGGCAAAUCGACUGUUUUCCGCUUGCUCUACCGCUUCUAUACGCCUUCUUCAGGGCGCAUCCUGAUUGAUGGCCAAGACAUAUCGAAAGUGCAAAUGGAGUCUUUAAGAAGGCGGGUAGGCGUUGUCCCGCAGGACACCCCUCUGUUCCACGCAGAUAUUAUGCACAAUGUCAGGUAUGGGCGGCUGGAUGCGAGCGAUGAGGAAGUUGUGGAGGCCGCGCGAAAGGCACAUGUCCACGAGACGGUCAUGAAGCUUCCUGAUGGAUACAAGACCACGGUAGGUGAGCGCGGACUGAUGAUCUCCGGCGGAGAGAAGCAGCGGCUUGCGGUGGCCAGGGUGCUAUUGAAGGACCCGCCAAUACUGUUCUUUGACGAAGCGACUUCUGCUUUGGAUGCACACACUGAGUCGGAGCUCAUGAAGAACAUCAAUUCGACGCUGCUGGAUCGAGCGCGGACCAGUAUCUUCAUCGCGCAUCGUCUGCGCACCGUCGUCGAAGCAGACCUCAUCAUCGUCUUGAAGGAAGGAGAAGUAGUCGAGCAGGGAACGCAUGAGGAGCUGAUCAAGGAGGGAGGCUUGUAUCACGGGAUGUGGCAGCAGCAAGCUGCGGAUGUAUUCAUGGAGGACUCGCCAGCUCCUGUUGAGUGAGGACGAUAUCAGGAUUCAGGUAUGUGAGGUAUGUCAUAAGUAUAAGGCAUAUAUAUAGCACACCGUGUGAGAGCCAGUUAAAUAUUUUGAACCCACCUACUUGCAAAUUUGCGCACUCG